AAAACACUCGAUGAGCUUCGCGUGAAACACGCCCUCACGCUACACGUACACUGCAAAUCAAGUUCCCUUCUCCCCUAUUCUCCACCUUGACGGCAACGUCUACUUGCAUGUGUAACGCGUGCAAGUAAAAACGUCGUGUAUGACGAGAAACAUACAACACGAAAACGAUUUCGUUUUGAGUCGCGAUGGUUGCGCGAAAAGGAAGGGUAGCUCUUUCAAAGCAGCUCUACCGGACCAAGAUUAAUGCCUUGAGAAGGUGGCUCAAGCAAAAAAAGAAAAUCGAACGCGGCGGGGACGAAAAACGCAUCCUUCGCGUCUUGGAGUUAUGUGCAGGAAGUAGUUCGUUCUCUAAGGCUGUUGAACGAAUUUGCAAAAAGUUAGGCAUCGAGUGCAAGGUGUAUCGGCUUGACAUAGAUUCGAGGUGCACUGUUGAAAUAGUCGCGGACAUCGAAAAGUGGACGUGCCAAUCCAAGAAGGGUUUUUUCGAUAUCAUCUGGUGCAGUCCACCGUGUACGAAUUACUCGAACGCGAAGACCGUAGGGAAGAGGAACCUUGCGUCCGCAGAUCGAGUCGCAAAAAGUUGCGUUAAGCAUAUUGACAAUCUCGCACCUCCUGUGUUCUUUAUAGAGAACCCGAGAGCACGGUUACGCAAACGCCCCUUCAUGCGUCGAUUCCUUAAGCUCACCCAUAUGUGCACGCAAUGUAAGUAUGGUCGACGAUUCAAGAAGGAGACGGAUAUAUGUACGGAAAUCUGCGCAAAAGACUUGCGGCUUCUUCGUUGCACCGCUAGUUCCCCUUGCGUUCACGUCCAACGCUUUGAGAAGAAGUAUGGCAAGAAACGGCAUCCGCAAACUGCGCAAACCGGUGGCACGUACGAUAAGGAUCUCAAAAUAACUAUCCCGGGUACGCCUAGUAAAAUGUCCGCCAAGAUUGCACCGAAGCUUGCGGAACAUCUAGUGCAUCGUUCGUUCGCGUAUAUGAAGGAACGAGGGCACGAUCGCUUUCCGCAGACUCGGAGAUGCGUUUGAAUAGUUUCCUUAUUCUUUUCUUAUCAUAUCAAUAAUUCAAACACAAAAAUGACAAAC